AUGGCCGAUCUAAGCAGCGAUGGGGUCGAGGAACCGUUCGAUUUGAUCCGUUUAUCGCUGUCUGAGCGCGUGCUCAUCAAGCUUCGAGGAGACCGAGUACUCAACGGAACCCUCCAUGCAUACGAUGGCCACAUGAAUAUGGUCCUUUCUGAUGUCACCGAAACUAUCACCGUCGUAGAGCCAGCCCAGAACCCGCAGGACGAGCCCAUAAUCAGGACCGUCAAACGGAAUUGUGAGAUGUUAUUUGUCAGAGGAGACGGAGUCGUCCUGGUUGCCCCACCAGCAAGAACAUGA